GCGCUCGCUGCCCGCCAGUGCGCUUUGGUCCUGCGCCGCCUGCUGAGCCCGACAUUCCCGCGGACGGCUUCGCGGGCGCGGAUAGCUGAGACAGGGGCGCCUACGAGGAAUUCAGCGCGGCCCCAACCUCACCCGGGGUGCUGAAGUGCGGCCGGGGAGGUCGGCACGUCAGGAUCUGCAGGCAGAGUGUUCUGAAGAGCUUGACACAGGUUCAUGGUUCUCAUUAAAGCAGCUUCAUGUAAGUGCCAGAGGACACCUGAUCCCCUGCUGCCUUUGUCUGAAAACCAAGAAGUUUGUUGUGCUGAUUUAACUUCCUACAAUCUUUGCUGAUGCUAUCAUAAAAAAAAAAAAAAAUGCUGAUUCUGUCCUUUUUAACCCCUUUGUAACAGACUUUUAACAUACUUGUGCAUUCUUUGACCCUCCAUAAAGAUGUCUGAACCUGACUCUUCAUCUGUAUUUUCGGGUAACGUGGAAAAUGGAACUUUCCUUGAGCUAUUUCCCACAUCCCUGUCCACAUCAGUGGACCCUUCCUCAGGUCACCUCUCAAAUGUCUACAUCUAUGUGUCCAUAUUCCUCAGCCUUCUAGCAUUUCUGCUUCUGCUUUUAAUCAUUGCCCUCCAGAGGCUUAAAAAUAUCAUCUCCUCCAGUUCCUCCUACCCAGAGUAUCCAAGCGAUGCUGGAAGUUCUUUCACCAAUUUGGAAGUCUGUAGUAUUUCCUCUCAAAGGUCCACUUUCUCAAACCUUUCCUCAUGAAGAUGGAAGAAUGCCUGAAUGGUACAGCAGCCUAGGUUUUCCCUUGCAGGAAGUGUCACAUGAAUGAGUUGCUUCAUGAAAGAAAUAACCCCUUUCUUUUCCAACCAAUUAGACCUGUUUCUCCUCCUUCACCCCUCAUUUCUUGUUCCAUUCAUGAUGCUUUUCAUUUGUGAAUGUAGGAGUUGACGCUGACUCAGAGAAAAUGUGUGCAAACCUCGAGGGGCAGAAUUUCACACAAACCACCUAACAAAUCGGAGCAGACUUCUUCAAGGUGGAUCAGUUCAUUUCACUCUGCUGGACACCUGAGGCAGAACUCAUCUGAGGUGGCCUCACAGUGGGUACUGGAUAUGGACUCUUGCACUUCAUUUCUCUUACAAAACCGUGAAACCAACUGAGCUAGAAGAAACUGGCAAAAUUAAGUCUGAACUAUUUAGAAGAUAUUCUCCAUAUUUAAAAGAUAAAGUGGAAACACCAAAUUAAAAAAAAAAAGUCAAUUUAGAUUUAAUGUAGAACAUUCCUAAAACCGGAGGCAAAAUAUGCUAAAUGUUUUGUUUUCACUUUAACAAAUGGGAAUCACAUUUAUUGAUGAAUUAAGUCAUCAUGGAAAAGUACUGGAAGAAUUUAACUUAAUAGCAAGACAAAUAUGUGUUAUGAUGCAGUCUGUAAUGUAUUUUUGCCUCUUGGUUUUUUUUUUUUUCUAUUUAUGUUAUAGUCAUAAUACCCCUACUGUUGUAGAAUUCUUUGUGAUAAUUGCUGCUACUAAGAAACAUCCUAAGAGACAGCAAGAGGUUUUUAUUUUAUAUCUAUACUUUCUGUUAGUGGAAAUUAGCAUAUGGAAAAUUUUCACUUAGUUCUGUUUUCGGCAGUAAUAACUCCUAGCAGUCAUGUAAGCAUGUUCCUUUAUUCAGUUUCAUAGUCUUAUAAUUUUAGCACAGAAUUUUGUUAAGUCUCCCAGAUGUCAGAUGUUUGCUCACCCACAUUAGGUUGCAAAACUUAAAGAGACUAAAUUGCUAAUAUACAUGUUAUUAUAGACUCCAUGAAUGUUACAGUUCUCUAAGAAUUAGUUGUUCCAUGUUAACAUAAUACUUUGCAUUAGCAUUCCAGGAUGUGGGUUUUCAUUAAAAACUGUGGACCUUCAAGUUAUGUCACUGCUGGGAGAUUAGUGGUCCUGGAAGUCAUGAUACUGUGGUCACCCAAGCACUGAACUUGGGGUCUUUAUCCAUGAAAUGAGGCAUACAUGUGAGCAUAGACUUGGAAAAUGGAAAAAAUCAAGCUUCCCCUAAAAACAAAACAGAGCAAACUACAACUUCUUCAGAGUAAGAAUUGUCCUUUAAUUUUAAAAACAAAUGGCACACAGCAUAAACACAACUUCUUCAGCCUUCAGAGCCCACUGCAUCAACAUGCCCUGUCUUCCCAUGGCAAAUGGAUCAUUUCUUGUUCAAAUAUUUUCUAAUCUUAAAUAGUGGAGCUUCAGUAGAUGCUUUGGUUGACUGCGCAGGUGAUACCCUCUAGUAACCCAAUUGGGAUAAAUAUUCACCAUUUUUACAAGGUCUCUCUUCGUCAUUCUAAAAUUCUAAGAGAGAUGAGGACUGGUAAUGAGGAUCUGAAGGUUUGUUUUCUUUUCUUUUUUAAUCCAUAAGUUUCACUUAAGUCAGACCACAUUGACCUAUUUAUAUCAAAAACGUCCCCAAACACUAUAAGACCUACACAGAGUUGCUGUCCUAAAAUGUGCAAUUAGUGAAAAAUUUGCCUCUGCUGCCAUUUAAAGCAUGGCAGUGUGUUGUGGUAUUAUUACGUAGUGUAAAUUUUGGACUAGAAGAACUCCACUAUUUUAGAUCAUUAUCAGCAGUCUCUCAAUAUGUGUGUGUAUGUGUGUGUACUAAUGUAUAUAUAUUUUCUCACAUACUCCUAAUUAAAAGUUGUGUGGAAGCUACAGGAUUGUAGAGGCAUCAGUAUUAUCAAUUUUGCUUUUUUAUUAAUUUUGUGCUACUAUGGUUAUUGAGGAAGAAAGUGAUUUAAAAAUAAUAAAGGAACAAGUUUGCCAUACAA